CGAGCACAGCACACCACAGUGAUUAGUAGAACUUUCUUUGCAUAGCAAUUCCAUGGUGCAGCCCGCAAGGCAUUGAAUAUGCUUGAGAGCUGACAUUCAGCUCGACGGUGCAGAAGCAAAUAUCAACAGUGACAUGCCCGAGGGAAAGCAGCCCACGGCAUCCAAUUGCGACACAUGUGCCCCUGAUGGGCCGCUGGUCCAAGCGCCAGCAGAAGUUGCUUCGGAUCCAAGUACAUUCACAUGCCCCGUGACGCCCGGUGGCAGCUUAUUUCCGACACCCAGUAUUGUCAUCGAAUAUUGCGACCGCUGUCGAUGGCAGCACCGGGCAACAUGGAUCCAAACGGAGCUGUUUCUGACGUUUGCGCCACCAAAAGCAAAGGAGCCGGCUUCUAACGUGUCGGGAGGAGCGAGCAUCAAAAGCAUCAUGCUCGUCCCCCUCACUGCCGACGAGACAGCUGGGCGCUUUAGGGUGUGGUUGCUCCACCAACCGAAAAGCGACCAGGCGCAGCAACGGCAGCAAAGCAUGCAGACAGAUCUGGUCUGGGAUCGUAAGACAGCAGGCGCCUUUCCAGAGCUGAAGGAACUGAAACAACUCAUUCGCGAUAAGAUUGCUCCUGGUCACGACCUGGGACACUCAGACAAACAAGGCAAGCGGCAAGGAUAGAAGCCAUGUGCAGCAUCGUGCAUAAUGUAAAUUCUGUUGUUGGUUGGUCCAGUUCUCAGGCCUAUACUUGCCAUUGCUUUCUUCAUAUGCCUUGCAUUUUCGGUACAAUUGUAGCAUAGUCGUAACUUUACGCCCCAGAAUGCCUGUAAUCAUCAUCUUCCGCGC